CCGCUCGCUCUCCUUCAUCACCAGUUGCGUCUCCGGAACUAAGAGCGCAGACCGAGUGUUGCCAGCCGGACCCUUUAUCGGGCGGACCUGUCCGUCAUUUAGCUAAAGGUAAACACGAAAAAAAAACAGUAACAGUUAUUUUUAUAUUACCGAAUAUGCACUGCAGUGUGUUUUCGAAAUAAAAAGGAACGUUUUUUUUGUUGAGUUUUUGGUUUCUGUACGACAAUAAAUGGGUUCCUGGCCAUUUAAACCUCAGUCUGCGGUGAGACGCCUGACUGCUAGCUAAUGUGCUAGCUACAGCUAGCUGUAAUUUUGUAGUGUGUUUUGUUAUUUAUUUAAUUUUUUGUUACUGCUGCUAUAACAAAUGGAGCUCCAGGUAUUGAUAGUUUGAAUAUGCUGUUUGUGACCGCAAAUUAGCCGUACGGCUACCAUACACGCCUAUUAUUAUUUAUUUUCUGUAAAUUAAUCAAAACGUGACAGAGUUUAGUGUUUCGUGGAUAAAUCAUAAAUAAACUUAAUAGGAUGAAUAAUGAAAAUAGCAGCAGGGUAGGAUUAGCUGGACCAGCUCCGAGGUUCCACUUUGAGUACGGCAGUUCCCUUCAGAAGGAUGACGUGAUGGAACCAUCCUAUGGAGGUGGAGAAAUGCACCAUGGGUAUAUCCGCACAAGACUUGCGCCUCUGUCAGCAAGAUAUGUUGAGCCCCCUGAUUGUUUUGAAAAGAGCAACUUUGAGAGGUUUGGGCCUCAUGAGUCCCUUGACUCUGGGUCCUUUAAAGGUGGUCCAGAUCUGCUCAGAUCUGGCCCUGGCGGUAGUUUCGGGGGUGGAUAUGACAGCUCCUUCCCGAGUAGCCGGUUUGAUAACGAGGAGUCCGGCUGGGACUCAUCGUACCCGAGCUCCACUAUGAGGUCUGGCUUAUUGCAGAAUGGCGGAAGAGGCAGUUUCUCUUCCUGUGCCAGCGACUUCUCUCCGCCCCUCCUGAGGCCUGCGCCCAUAGGCUCGAGGGGCAGAGGGAUGCCUGUGUACCUUCAAAACAAAUUUGGGGGUAGAAGCAGUGAUUGGGGAGGACCACCUGUGCUCAGAGGCCAAGGCAGAGGAUUCGUACCUGGUGUUGGUGGGGGAAGAAUGCCUUUCAGUACAAGCCAUGAAAGCAUGGGACCCAUGGAGAAAUCCCAGCCGCUGAUGUUUGGGAAGCCCAGGCCUGUAUACAGCCAAGCAAACCAGUAUCCUUCACAGCCGCUCAGUUGUAUGAAGAGGAAGAUGAUGGCACCGAUCCAGCCCUCCAUGUUUCCCAAAAGGCUCAAACCUUUCUCUGUCGUCAAGGAAACGGGGGAUAUGACCAGCUUAACAGAGGGUGGCGCUCACGUGGACAGUGGGAACACGGAGCACACAGAUGAGUCAGUGGAGGAGAGGCAGAGGAGGGCCAGGAGGGAGAAGCAGAAGCGGAAACGAGAGAAGGACAUUGAGAAGUACGGGGACAUGCACAGGCUCGCCUUCACCUGUGCCUUCUGCAAGGUCCGCACAUGUGACGUCGAGGAGAUCGAAGAACACUUCGGGAGCCAGUUUCACUGGGAAACGCUGGAUCACAUCGAGAAGCAAACAAAAUUUGACAAGAAAGUUAUAGUCUUUUUACACGAAUCAAUGGUGAACAAGUUCCGGAAGACCGUGUUACGAAAGCGCAGUACCAUGGGCCCCGAAACGUCGGCAGAUGACGUCCAGCAAGAUUUGACUAAAGUGGUGAAGCAGGAGGUGUGUCUGAGCAGGGUGGAGAUGAUCCACUGCAUGGCCUGCCGCGCUCACUUCCCGGCGUCCCUCGUGUCCGUCCAGCAGCACCUGAGGUCCGCGGAGCACCAGAAGAGCCAGCAGGAGUUCAGCGAGACGCAGAAGAGGGAAAGCGUCCUCACGGCCACUAGCAUCAUGACCAACCCUAUCGUGAAAGUCCGUUAUGAGAAGUACCUGAAGGGUGAGAAUCCCUUCGAGGAGGAGCUCAAGGAGGAGUCUGCCAGGUGCGGCCAGGAGGAGCUCCCAGACGGCAGCAUGGCCUCGCAGGGGCGCUUGGGCGCCCUGUGAAAAAGCUCUCUGCUUCUGCGCUGCAUCCGUCCCACGGACCGCUGCUCCUCCGCCUGACCUCUGCUCUCACCGAGAGCUGCGGUUCGACUUCCCCGUUCGCCCCAUACGUGUUGGUGCCGCUCAUGUAUGUAGUUAGACCCGGGAUGUGGGAACGCAAGGUCUCUUUAUCUCAGUAGCUCCUCUGCCUUGCAGAACAGCUGCUUCAUACAAUAACUGAUCGUGCUGAAUCGGCUUUUCUGACCUCCACAUUAAUCGGGUUUCUGCGGGACUGCGUUUGGCGUCAUCGACCGAACAGCAGAAUAAACAUUUCCUUUAUGGGUGAAGAAAGGCGUACUGAUGAUUCACUUUGCUCUCCCUCCAUUAACCUGCAAAGAUCGUUUGCGUUUUGCCGUUUUCUCCGAGUUCUGAGUGGGCGGCGGACCGAUGUUAUUUUUCCGACAAAAGUGAGCACAGCGUAACCCUGUACUGCUUUUCACAGUCAAAUAAAC